AGCUGACACCACAGAGGCAGAGCUGCGCAGGACGGACGGUCCUCACUUCCACAGAUGGUUUUCCAGCUGACUUUUUGACUGUUUCUGGACAUCCAGGACCAGAUCCCGAGGUCAGGCAGAGAUGUUAGGCGGAGAUGUGGUGGCCGUGUGGGAGGUGGCGUUGAGCGACGGCGUUUAUAGGAUCGAGUUCGCUCAUGGCACCACCACUGGAAAAAGGAUUGUUUUUGUCAAUGGAAAGGAAGUCAUCAGAAAAGACUGGAUGUUCAAGCUGGUUGGAAAGGAAACCUUCAUGGUGGGAGGUGCGAACACCAAAGCCACCAUCAACAUCGAGGCCGUGAGCGGUUUUGCAUACGAGUACUCGCUGAACAUCGCUGGGAAAAGUCUGCAGAAGUUCAUCGACAACAGAGCCAAGACCACCAAGACCUGGCUGCUCAAAGUGGGCGAAGAGGACUACAGGGUCGUCCUCGAAAAGGACACCAUGGAUGUUUGGUGCAACGGGCAGAAGAUGGAAACCACGGUGAGCGCCACUGGGAGAGUUUGUAGACGACGGCACAGAGACGCACUUCAUGGUCGGCGGGCACGAGUGCUGCAUCAAGGCAGCGAGCGGCGGACAGAAGAAGAGCGGCAUUGUGCACUAUUUACUGCUGGAUGGCGAGAGAGUGACAGCGUCCACGCAAUAGAGCUCCUCUUUCAGACGCUCUUUGAGGUGCUUGAAUGCAGCGGCACAGGAUGGAGACCUUCUCCCGACAAACUUAGAAGCAGAUCUGUUCCUGGAGAUGUGAAGAAUAAACUCUGGCAUGCGCAGCUCGAGGUUCAUGGAGGGGUACUGGUGACACUUUUAUUUUGAAGGAGUGGCUCUUGUUGCGCAGCCUCCACGCAUCAACUACCUUCCUCAAUGCGUGAAGCACGCGGCAGCUGAGUAAUAGAAAACCGGAACAAAUAAGGUUCGAAGUUCAAAAUAAAAGUGUAACAAAAAAAGGUUUGUCUUUAUUAUUAUUAUUAUUAUUAUUAUUAUUGUCUAAAGGUAAUCGGUAAUAUCAAACUCAGUGCACUAAAGACUAAGGAAACUUCAACUGAAGGAAAUGCAAAUAAUAAUUUUAAUAUCUCAGUUUGAUGUCGGUGAUGGGCAGAAAUUUUAACCAUUUUUUAAUAUUUCACUUUGUGUAAUGAGUUUUCUUUAUGAGCUAUAAAUUUUUUUGUAAAUAAGCAAAACAAAAACAAAAAAACAAUGUUUCAAAUAUGCCGGUUUAUCUCUUUAAUUUGUCCUACAGUUGAGAUUUGGACUGACAUAACUUUAAUGUUUUGGUAAUUUUUUUUCUUGUUUUCUGAUAAAAGAAUGAAUGUGUUUGUUGGGAAAGCAGCUGUUAGACUCACAGACAAUAAGAGGGGUCAUAAAGCAACAGCUCUGUAAUCGUUAUUUUUGUUUUUUUUUUUCCUUUUGGUGAGAAACAAUAAACCUUCAAUAAACACAUGUGACUGA